UCCCAGCAUGCGUUGAUGACAUCACGAAGUGCCCCUUCUUUGUGUGUCAGUGAUGUCAGCGGGCGCAGCGUGGGGGACAAUGGAAUCCUGAACUCCGGGCGAGGGCGAGAGGGAACUGCUGCUGCUGCUGCUGCUGCUGCUACAGGGGGGGCCAAGCCAGGGAGGGAAGGGGAGACACAGCUGCUGCUUUGGGGCUGGAACAGUUGCUGUUGCAGCACUUCCGCUUCUCUCCCAGCGAGAGAGACACGAGUGGCCAGGCCCAGCCGCACCGAGGAGGAGCAGCCAGACACAAAGGCAGAGACAGAGAAAGAGACAAGCACACCUAAGAAGAAGGAAAGCAAAGUCAGCAUGAGUAAAAACUCUAAGCUGCUAUCUACCAGUGCCAAGAGGAUUCAGAAGGAAUUGGCUGACAUCACCUUAGAUCCACCUCCCAACUGCAGCGCUGGCCCCAAAGGUGAUAACAUCUAUGAAUGGAGAUCAACCAUCCUAGGACCUCCAGGCUCUGUCUACGAGGGAGGGGUUUUCUUCCUUGAUAUCACCUUUACACCAGAAUAUCCUUUCAAGCCUCCAAAGGUAACGUUCCGGACAAGGAUCUAUCACUGUAACAUCAACAGCCAAGGCGUCAUCUGCCUGGACAUUUUAAAAGACAACUGGAGCCCAGCAUUAACCAUUUCUAAAGUCCUCCUCUCCAUCUGCUCCCUCCUCACAGACUGCAACCCGGCUGACCCCCUGGUUGGAAGUAUUGCCACCCAGUAUAUGACUAACAGAGCAGAGCAUGACAGAAUGGCCAGACAAUGGACCAAAAGAUACGCUACAUAAAUGGGAUUUUUGUCAAACUUACAUUAUUUGUCUGUGAUGGAAAGAGCUGCUUAUGAUUUUGAAGGGGUGGGGGGAGGGAGGGUGCUGGUAAAGAGUAGGGUAUUUCUAUAACAGAUUUUAUUCAGUCUUUUAUUUCCUAAGAUUUUGUUGUUGUAACUUAAGGUAUCUUGCUACAGUAGACAGCUAGAGUUGGGAAUAGUGUAUUUUAAGACUGUAAUUAGUUCAGCAAUAUUAGCUCACAUAUAGUACCGAGAAGAAUGUAAACUUCUUAGGCAUCUUUGGUUUUCAGUUUGCUUGCAAUAUGCAAAAGAUUAAAACAGCUUAAUUUUGUACAGGUACAUAUGUUGGCGUUUAUGUAAAAGUCCUUUCAAGACUCUACACACUGUUUUUGCUUUUUGUUUUGUUUUUGGUUUGGGGGGUUUAUUUUGUUCUGGGUUGGGUUGGGGUUUUGUUUGUUUUGUUUUGUUUUUGUAAAAAGAUGUCAGGAUUGUUUUCCCCUAUGGAGGGCACAUCGGUAUUUAACAAAUCCUUUUUAAAGACUGUCAUCUCAUGAUCUGUGAUACGGAGAGGUGGAUAUAUAGCCUCAUAUAUGAAAUGAGAAGUAGUUAAUGUAUUAUUUUAUAAGCCAAUCUAUCUUUGUGAAAAGAAUAAAGGUUUUAAUCAGGACUUACGGCAACCUGUAGUGAAAUACCUUAAGCUGUCUAACUGUAAGGCGUGGAAUAGGAGUCACUCAGUGGAUUGGUUGUAUGUUGUGGGCUACUUAAGUCUGCAUUUGUUACUGUGCUAAUAAAAAGAUGUUUAAAAACAAAAAAAAA